UUUGUAUUUUUCAGCCCAGGUUACUCGGAAUAGGCCCAAUAAGAAUUGUUGGCCCAAAAUUCAAAUAAGAGAGAAAUGAGGAAAGCGGGGAAAUUUAGUGGGGAUAGUGCCAAUAACCGUCUCAACCGCCACUCUCUCCAAUUCCCACACACACAGAAUAGAUACAUACAUAGAUGCAAACAACAUCUCAAUCAAGCGGCAUUUCAGUAGUAGAAUGAUGGAUGGGAAGAGAAGGAUACAUGUUGAUGAACUCCGCGAUAUAAAGAAAGGUCCAUGGAAAGUGGAAGAAGAUCAAGUGCUCAUACAUCACGUGAAGAAAUACGGCCCCAGAGAUUGGAGCUCUAUUCGAUCCAGAGGCCUCCUCCGCCGCACCGGCAAGUCCUGCCGCCUCCGCUGGGUCAACAAACUCCGCCCUGAUUUGAAGACGGGAGUGAAGUUUUCAGCGGAGGACGAAAGAACGGUGAUCGAUCUGCAAGCACAAUUCGGGAACAAAUGGGCCAAAAUCGCGACGUAUCUGCCCGGAAGAACAGACAACGACGUCAAGAAUUUCUGGAGUAGUCGACAGAAGAGACUUGCUAGGAUUCUGCACACCUCUACUUCUCCUUCAUCAUCAUCCACCAAAUCUCACAAGACCACCAAGCAUCUCCAAACCCCUCCCUUCGAUUUCAUUCCAUCUCUCAAGGCGCCAAAGUUGAGCCUAUCAAGGGAGCAAGAAUUUGCGGCCAAGUCCCAGUUGUGCCCAACCAUUGAAGCGGUUCCGUUCGGGGAGGUGGUGUAUCCGAACCCGAUCAGCGCUGUUCCGGUGGACCAGCAGCCCUAUGUCUCCUUCCCUCAGUUUCCAAUACUUCAGCCGGACUACCCUCUGCUUUUGGAGGGCCAGGACUUCAUUGGCAGGCUUGGAGCUCCCAGUUUUCUUGAUGAUGAGUUUGGCCAUUCGGCACUGGGUACUGCGCAAGUCCCCAUCGCCCCGUCGUUCCAGGCUUCUGGAACGUCGGAGAGUCACGACAUGGUGGACAUCGACAGCCUCAUCGAUGAUGACUUCCCUCCCAUCGACUUAUUUGAUCAAAUCGAGCAGCUUCCAAGCCCCUCUCACUGGUCUUGAUUGAAGUUACAAAAAUGGCUUCUUGUAAUUGUUGCUAAUUCUUCUGUAUUUUCAUCUAACAUUGUAGCUGCUAGUUUUAGGCUUUGUAAUGUUCUGUAUCUGCAACUCGUAUUGUGAAAU